GUAAGAUGUUCAGGUUUCCCAAAGAUCCAAAAACAAGGAAUCACUGGAUAAAACUUACAAGGAGAACAGUUGAACCAGGUCCUGGUGCAUACUUAUGUAGUUGUCAUUUUGUGGAUGGAAAAAAAGAAAAUGGACCUACAUUGUUUUAAGUAUAUUAGAGAGAAGCAAUUAAACUUUCCAUCGCCAGAAAGAAGAACCCGUAAAAAGACCAUUGAAAAACCUUUUAAUAUUGAUGUAGAUAUAAGAUCUUGUACUUUUCAAAGUUAGGUGAACGUGAACCAAUUGUACAAAUAUAAUUUUGAGACGCCUAAUGUAUAAUGAUUUGGCAGUUAGCUACAGUUAUUUGGGAACCAGACAAAAUAAGAAGGCAUUCAAAACCUCAUUUCUCAACGUAAUAAAUGAAUUCAAUGAGUGGAAACCACUGGGUCAAGAGCGCGAUGGAAGCUUUAUUUUCAGCUGGGUACAUACCAAGGAACAAGAAUCUCGAACCCACAUAGGCAUCUAUGAAUAUGACAAGAAUCUGUUGAGUCCAGUAUACUCCUUUCCAAAGAAAGUGAAUUGCACACAAGCUUCUACCAACAGUGACAAAACAUUACUAGCAUUUGUGAUUAAAGAAACAGAUGAAGAAACAAAAGAAUCUACAUAUAAACCAUACCUCUACAAAAUUGGAACACAUUUUGAUGAUGCAUACGACUGGAAGUUAGAACGUAAUAGACAAAUAAUGGUACAAUUUCUUUAUCCAAGGGUUUCAGUUUUGUCAGAAAAUCAACCCGCGAAGCUUUUGGUCUUAGUUCAUCAUGAAUAUAUAUUCCAGUACCAAGUAAAACUUAAAACAGACAAUAUAGAAGAUGACUGCCUCUCACAAGAAACACUAGUCGGUAAAUUCCUGUGGGCUCAGUGGGAUCCUGAACAACAAACACUAUAUUACAUACACAAUCGUAAAAGAAAUAGGAUCAUUGCGUACUCUGAAGGUGAAGAGGAAAGUAAUGCAGGAAAUGAUAAAAUAACACCGACCCUUUCAGGCUUACAGUUCAAUGAUGAAGUACCUCACGAGACGGUGCUGAAUAUACCGUUAAAUUUACCUCAUUUAACAGUUUCAACAAGUUCAUGCCUCAUUUAUGAGGACGAUGCAAUACCAUUGAGGAUACAUGACUGUUCUUUGGACCUUAUAGUCCUUACUGACCCCAACGGCAUAGUAUGCGUAUGUCACCAUUACCUAUAUCAGCCAAUACAACCGGUGGUAGAUUUGAAAGAUGAAGAUAGUAGUCCAGUGCAUUUUGCAUAUUCAGUAACAGUGCUACACCAAAGUUGUGUUUUGCACUGCGUCAUCCCUGACAUACCUUGGAACAAGGCUAAGAAGAUUCGCCCAUUAUUUAAGAUUGAAGGAGACCAUUUGUUAAUCAUCAUUCCCGACAUCUGUACUCACCUCUUGGAUAUAGGGCUAAUACACGAACCAUGUUGUCACGUCACCACCAAACCACUUAUAACUGAAACACAACUGCUUUAUCUGGCACCAAUAGUGCCAUUAGAACAUGGUUCAGUCCUUAAUUUGGCUAACCUGGAUCUCAUCAGUUUAGAAAUACCCACUAACAUGCUGGUCGAUACUUUCAAAAGCGAUACGUUACUAGAAAAUAAGCUUUCGAUUCUUCACUAUUUGAUAUUGCACAGUGGGCAUAUGGAUACAGCCUCCGAGUUGAUCUUAUGGCAAUCAGAACGCCCAUUCACCCUAGGCUAUCCACAGAUGCUUAAAGAAUACCUGAUAGCAACCUCAUAUGCAGCUGUACAACGAACUCUUCCAACAGAUGCCAACAAAUUGAUCAACUUACUACCAAUUACAUCUCAAAAGAUAGGCUUUGAAUACGAAAUUCAGCAAGAUGAAUACAUUAUAAAUCUAUCUCAAGACGUGCUUUGGAAUGCCUCGAUGAUGCUUUUGUCUCCACAACAAAGGAUAGUGCCAUAUCGAACAGAUAUUUGGGUAAAGCUAUGGGAACAACUUGCGAAGUUAUCCAAGGGAACACAGCGGUUCAAGCCUAGUCAGGUUGUUGAGAAGUUGAUGGUGUCACUAGUUUGUUAUCAGCCAGAAGUUCUAUCUAGAUGUUCAACACCAUUAUCUCCUAGUGGUGGAGCAUCUUCGACACUUAAUGAUUUCCUGAGCAACCAGUGUAAUAAAAGGAAUCAGGUUGAUGCGCUUCCUUUUUUUGAGAUCGACAGCUGCACCGCGAGUAAACAAGAACACAUAAUAUCGGUGAAUCUUCGAGAAUUGAGCAUGCACCUGCUGAAGCAAAGCACCGAGAACAGAAUGAACAAAUGGCAAUGGCAGAGUCAGACACCUAUGCACGUGCAUGCUGUAGCGACUAGGUAUAUAACGGCACAACUAGAUCAAUCUAGACAACUGUGCCAACUACUGUGUAAAGCUGCAACGUAUGAACCAAGACUUGAGAUGGACAAAGGAUUCAUUUUCAUGUAAGCUAUAUCGAAUGCGCAAUAAAAACGAUAAAGUGUCAAAGAAAUUGCUGGUUCUGAAAACCUGGAGGGGGGAUGUUAGUUGAGGGUGUGCCUUAUACAGGGUGUCUAAAAUAAGAAUCCUGUCGAUCUCAACAUCUGUGGGAGAUACAGCUUAUGUUAAAUUAGGAAAAAGAUACGUUUUUUGAGGCGUAUUUACAUGCUGUUAAGAGACUUGUAAAAAUUUCGUGGGUCAUUGAGAUAUCUGGGAAAACUAAAAUUUGGCCAAAUCAUUAUUUUUUUCUUACUCUAAGAAAUGUCAAGAAACUAAUGAAACUUGUCCAUUGGUACUUUUUGGGCACUAGAUGAUGGUAUUUUCAAUUUUUGUGCCCGAUAUUUCGUUUUUAAGAAACCAUCAUAAACUUAAUUUUUUGUAUGGUCCGAAAAAAAGUACAUCCUGUAUCUGAUAGCAUCUUUUUAUACGAAUUCAACGAUGUAUCACAUGUUACAUUUGUUUUCUUAGUGAUGAAGAAAAAUGUUUUUGUAUUUUAAGUAGGCGCUGCAAACAAAUGCUUGAUGUACGAUCACAACUUAGAUAACAAUCAGCUAUUAAACUCUCCCUGUCAGUGUCAAAAACGGCAGCUAUUUCGGCGCAGAAAGUCGAAUGUAAAUUCCCCCAGUACAACGAUGAGGUUUUAGUGCUCAGCAGCAGCCGUUUUCGACACUGACAGGAGAGUUUCAUAGCUGAUUGUUAUUUAAGCUGUACUACGAUUAUGUGAUCACUGACAUAGUUGCAGUCACCGUUCUUAGCGGGUGAAAGUAUCCCUCUAUAUAUCUCCAUCUCCCUCAUACAUAACGUAUAUAUGCAACCUACCCCUGUGUGUGAACGUUUGUGCGGUAAGCUCAAAGACAUACGUUUUUAGUUGUCUUUGUCGUUACGUAUGAGUGCGCUUCAAUCGUAU